AUGUCAACGAAUGUCGUCAUCCUCCGGCUACUCUUUCUCGUGCCAUUGCUGGCAUCGGCCCAUCAGAAGUAAGUUCUCCUCCUCCGGCCUCCCCUCUUUUUGCUUUUUUGAUUGGAGAACCAGUCUCCCUCUCUCUGAUGACUUAUUGUUCGGAAGAGAAAGAGAUAUUAUAAUAAUUGCAUGACAUAGCCGCUAAAUCGGCGCAUCUUAUCUAUGAUCGCGCCAGAAAAAAAAUGAGAAAGUGUCGGAGAAGAUGAGUGGACAAUGGCUAUCUGGACUUUGAGUUUUGGUAGAAGAACAAUCACUGCUACCGUAGUUUUACUAGUUUUAUCGAGACAUUUAGCAACAAAGUUACUAUUUUCUAAGAUUAGACUAGACCAAGCUCAUAUGUUACUGUACCUCCUCGUUUUCUAAAAUAACUUAUAUUAUCGGAAGUUACGCUAAAAAUGAAAUCAGAGAGCUCUAGCAAAAGUCGUUUUUCAACUGUAUCCGUUCUCAGAAAGUUCACCGUCUGGCGUGUGCAACCAACCACUCAGGACCAAGUCGACAUUUUGCACAAUUUAUAUUUGAACGAUGUGAAGGUACGUUCCUCCGAUCCUCUGGGCAUUCAAUUCAUAAUCAGCCCGUUUCUCUGAUCACUUUCUCGUUUUUGUCGUGUUACAUUGUUAUACAAACGGCCUCCACUGGUGUCAACCUGUUCUAGGUCCUCUGAAAGUGUAAGCAAAAAGAAAAGAAAAGCUGGUGACAUGUUCAUGAUCACUGUCACUUUGAAUUACAAUCAUCAGAAUGUUGCCAAAGUGGAAACGAAUCGGAACAAUCUGAUGCGUCUGGGAAAUGAGAAAAAUAGAUACCCGAUCUGACUGCUCUACUGUUACAGCUCGACUUCUGGAAGUCCCCUUCGGAGGCCGGCAAGGAGGUGCACGUGAUGAUAUCAGACGAGAAGACUCAUCAGUUCCUGGAGCAGCUCGAUGAUCACUCGAUUGCACAUUCUGUCAUGAUCGACGACGUCCAGAAGUGAGUGUUAACGAUGGCAUUCGCAAAGAAACAAAAACGAAAAACCUGUCGAAUCGCCCUUUUGUCACACAAAUCACCGUGAUGAUGAAGGGACUUGAUUUCCAAAUUACACUCUCUUUGCGAUGCCUCUAAUAUGCAUGCUGCUGCUACUGAACGGGCGGGCGGAUCAUCCAUUGUUGGCUCGUCACGGACGACCGAACGGACGGGAACCGACUGACUGACCCACACUUUAUUGCAGAGUGAUUGUCGAGCAGAAAGAGAAGAGGGACAAGUUGCGCAAACAGGUGCGAUUACACGACUGGAGGGAGCAAAAGGUAGGAGGAAAGAUCAUUGCGAAGCAUUUCAAUCUGAUGUGGACAGGUUCAAUUCAAUCUUGCUCAAUAUCAUUCGUUCGCCGACGUCAUCAACUACCUCAACUCUCUCGCGAUCACCUAUCCCGAAUUGGUAUCCGUUCAACCAAUCGGAACAUCCCACGAAGGAAGACAGAUUCCCCUCAUCAAGGUUCCAUCAUCUAUUUCUUCUCCACAAAUUCACAUUCUUCGUUCUCCAGAUCACCAACAAACGGAACGGAGGCGUGAAGAGAGGCAUUUGGGUGGACGGAGGAAUCCACGCACGCGAAUGGGUUUCCCCUUCCACAGUCCUUUAUUUCAUCCAUCAGCUGGUUACCCAAUAUGACAAAGACGCGCAAAUAAAACAGUAUGUCGAUCAGCUCGAAUGGUACAUUGUGCCGUUGCUCAACCCGGACGGAUACGAAUACAGCCGCAGCAGCAAUGAUCCGGAAAUCCGGCUGUGGCGUAAGAAUAGGUCACCUCCCAAGUGCAUACAACAGGCGACAGGUACGUUCGGACGACAACGGGGAAGGUCCGCAAUAGGCCUGUUGCAGGACUCUUUCAACCACCGACGACCACGUGCUGUCAGGGUGUCGACCUCAACAGAAACUUCGAUUGGUUCUUCGGGCAGGUCGGAUCGUCGACAGACCCGUGCUCAGAGAUCUAUCAAGGAGCUUACGCUUUCUCCGAGCCAGAGACAGCCGCUGUCAGGGACUUUGUGCAACGGCACCGAAUCUCGACGUUCCUCACAUUCCACUCGUACUCUCAGAUUCUAAUGUAUCCAUUCGGACAUCAAGUGAGAACCUAUUCAAACGAUUUGAAUGACCUGGUAAGAUCAGCGUCAACACAAACGUCUACAAGAAUGAAAUGAAUUGCAGAGAUCGACCGCAUUGACAGCCGCACAGGCAUUGAACAGCGUCUACAAUACACAGUACAAAGUGGGAACCGGAGCAGACACCUUAUGUGAGUUUGGAAAGUUCGAACAGAGAGACAAACUGCUUUCUAGAUCCGGCAUCCGGAGGAUCGGAGGAUUGGGCGAAAGGAAAGGCUCAUGUCAAGUACUCGUUCCUUUUCGAGUUGAGACCAGAGGAGCAAGUCUGGGAUGGAUUCCUUUUGGCUGAAAAUCAAGUAAGUGUUGCAUCCGACUAGAGAUGCGCAUUAGUGAAGUCUAGAAAUUUAUUCUCCAUUUCCAGAUCAUUCCAACUGCUCGCGAAACCUGGGAAGCAGUGAAAGUGAUUGCAGCAAAGACCAUCGAGUUACCCUCAAACACUCACAGAGCACCACCCAAGAGGUAUUUCCGUUUAUUCUUCUCUUUUUUUCCAUUUCUUCUCUUCAGAUGCAUUGACCACGAUUCGCUGUGUCCCUCGUGGGCUCAAGGCGGAGCAUGUGAGAAUUGGCCGGAGAUGCGCCUCCGAUGCCCUCGUUCGUGCCAAGUGUGCGCGUGA